AUCAAUAUUAUCCUUUAUUUUCUUGUGAAUCAGACAAUCAAAUCACAAAGAAAGAAAAUUUGAAUAAAUCACCAACCACUAAAAAACUCCAACUAAACCACGAUUAAUUAUCAUCAAUAUUUUUCACUUCUUUCCUAAGAGCCAAACAGCCAACCACACAAAAGUUCCAGCCGAAAACUUUGAUUAGACUAGAAAAUUAAGAGAACGAGGGCGAAACAGAGCAUCACAUAUUGCACCAACAUGGAUUCCACGAAGGAAAUUCAAAGAACAAGUAAGAAAAAAUUAAAAUUGAAGAUUAGAUCUACUGGGCAAUCUCCAAAAUUGAUUAAAAAGUUUUGAUUUUUUAAAAAAUCAAAUUUCAAACAGCCAAAACCCAAUUGAUAUCCUUGGGAUGUAGCGGAGAGGGAGACAGUGGAAAAGGCGUGAGGAGAAAGGAGAGGGGGGAAAAGAAGGAGGAAGAAGAUGAACAAGGGUUGUAGCAGGGGCACCGAAAAGCAAGAUCUAAAGGCUUAUUCGAAGGACAGAAAAAGAACGAUAUGGCCGGAGAAGCAGCCGAUGGAUCGCGACGACAAGAAGCAGCGUCUAUGGUUAGGUUUUGUUUCGUUAUAAUUCGGAUGAUAUAUAUAGUGGGUUAGUUGUAAAUAUGUCAAGACAUUAUGGAUAAAAUAGGAAGAAAACAUUAUUUCAUUA